AUGUCUUGGACUGAUUUACUACGGUCGCCAUAUAAAGUUAUGGCUUCCCGCAAGUGGUCCGCCACACCGGCAAAGGAGCGUGAUGCAGGUUGGUGGGGGCAACGGGCCCGCUUCCAUCCGGUAGGCCAAGCGCUGAGCACGCCAGCUGUGUGCCUAGGGUCGAACAAAGUCCUGCCGACAGCAAAUUGGGGUACUCGGGUCGUCCGACCCGGGCUGCCGUGUAACACCAGUCCCCCUACUCAAAGUCCCUCGUCAAUUUGGAGGGUGGCCUUCAGGAAUUACCCCGGGGCUCGGGACGGGGCAAGAGAGUCAUCCCGAGGAACGAACCCCGGGAAUUCCGGGUCUGCCCCGAAGCCCCGGGGCUGCUACAAUUUUUUUUUUCUGGACCAAUGA